AUGGAGAUUGUUAUUUCAAUUGCGUCCAAAAUUGCAGAGUCCUUGGUGACACCAAUAGGCAGAGAAUUUGGCUAUUUGAUUUACUAUGAUACCAACAUGAAAGAUCUAAAGGAUGAACUUAAACAGCUUUUUGAGAUGAAAGAUAGGGUGCAAGAAUCGGUUAAAGCUGCCAAAAGGAAUGGUGAAGUUAUCAACUCUGAUGUUCAAAGUUGGCUAACAAGUGUUGACGAGUUAAUUCAGAAAGUGUUGCAUUUUGAGGAAGAAGUCAGCAUGAAAAGGCGAUGCUUGUACCGGUGGAACAUAAGUAGGAAAGCCACUAAGAUUACACAAGAUGUUCGUCAUCUCCAAAAAGAAGAACAUUCAAUAAUAAUGUUGCCCAUCCUGCACCUCCACCGAUGA